UUUGACAAAAUUUCAUGGCGCUACUGGCAUCCCAGGAAAUAGAAGAGGACAAGAGAAUUCUUUUUAACUAAACUUGCGUUCGAUCAACAUGGCUGAAGGAACUGCUACUAUCAGAACGAGAAAGUUCAUGACCAACCGGUUAUUAUGCCGGAAACAAAUGGUCGUAGAUGUACUUCACCCAGGUCAAAGUUCAGUACGCAAGACUGACAUCAGGGAAAAACUUGCAAAAAUGUACAAAGUUACCCCAGAUGUUGUUUUCGUCUUCGGAUUUCGUACGAGUUUUGGUGGUGGCAGGUCAACUGGUUUUGGUUUGAUCUAUGAAACCCUCGAUUUCGCCAAGAAGUUCGAGCCAAAACACAGACUGCAAAGGCAUGGUCUGUUUGAAAAACAGAAACAAACAAGAAAACAAAGAAAAGAACGUAAGAAUAGGAUGAAGAAAGUCAGAGGAACUGGCAAGAGUAAAGUUGGAGCUGCAUCUAAAAAGUAAUUCCACAAUUCCACCAUGCAGGCUUCAAUUGAUUUGGCGUGAAAAUUACUGUAUUUUAUUAUUGUCAAUUGUUCAACACCUAGACAUAAAAAUGUUUUCACAAUAAAAAUUGAAACCAGCAAUAA